AUGGCUGACUCAAAUACUCCAGAAGAAACAGAUUACAGUUUCCAUAUAGAAAACGAUGAUGGUGUUGAACCAAACCCUCAAGAUACAUACGUAUUCAUCGUUGUAGGUGCUACAGGCAAUUUCGCUGUCAACUGUCUCCUCCCUAGUCUCUGGCUGUUAUAUAAACACGGCUACCUUCCACCGAAUACAACUGUAAUAGGAUUCUCAAGAAAACAAUUCACCAAUAAAGCAUACGCAGAAAAAGUUUGUCCAUACUUUCGGCACACUCAAGCAGAAAAAGGACUCAUACAAUGCUUUUUCAGUCACGUGAUUUAUUUUAGAGGCUGUUGUGACAACAGGGCAGACGUUCAAGAACUGAACACCAAGCUUGAAGAAUUAGGAAGGGAUAAGAUCAUGCAUCUUUUCUACCAUCUAUCCUUGCCAUCCCAAAUUUACAAAGCCUGUACUCAACUCAUUAAAGAAGAGGCUUUGUCGAAAAGCGGCAAGACAAGAAUAGCAAUAGAACAACCCUUCGCCCAAGAUUUCACAUCUUUCAGGAGCUUCAGAGACCACGUGACAUCCAGUUUUGAUCCGGACCAAAUCUUCCUACAGGACCAUUACCUUGGCAAAGAGAUGAUGGUCAGUCUCUUCUCACUCCGUUUUGGUAACAUUAUAUUUGAGAAGGUCUGGGACAGAAGCACCAUAGCUUCUGUACUUUUGAUUAUCGAGGAAACUUCCGACUGUUCCAAAGGCAACACAUCCGAUAUUUUCGGUGUGAUUAAGUCAGAUAUAAUGACACACAUGAUGCAAAUGAUAGCUUUGAUAGCGAUGGCCAAACCAAGCAAAUUCAAUACAGAAUUCAUACGAAAAGCGAAAUACAAAGUGUUAUCACAGAUUCCAGAAGUUGAGCUUGAUAACGUUGUGUUAGGCCAGUACGUUGGCAACCCUGAAGGCACAGAGGAAGAGAGGGAAUCAUAUAGGGAUCACCUAAAGAUAGACGAGGAUUCUUUAACCUCAACGUUUGCUGUCGUUGUUGUCUUCAUCAAGAACGAUACAUGGAGAGAUGUCCCUUUCAUUUGUAGAUGUGGAAAAGCGAUGAAAGAUACUAAACAGGAAAUAAGAAUACAAUUCAAGGAGUCCCCUGAUAGUUUGUUCUCAACGAAGUUGAUGAGGAAUGAAUUGGUGCUCCAUUAUGAUCCUGGUGCUUCUGUUUGUCUCAAGAUGGCGAUGAAAUCUCCUGGUAUGGAGCACAAGUUGGAUAACGUUCUCUUUAGUUUGUCUUAUUCUGGAAGGCAUAUGAGUGUCAAGUUGCCAAAUUCUUUUGCCAGGUUGUUAUACGAGAUGCUUUGCGAGAAAAGAGCCAAUUUUGUUACUUUCGAGGAGAUAAAUGAGGUGUUCAGGGUGUUCACACCUGUUUUAAGAGUAAUUGAGGAGAAAGAGUUGGAACCUUUGCCUUAUGUUAGGGGUGGAAAAGGUCCAAUACAAGCUGCAGAACUGAUAAAUGAAAAUGAUUACAUUGAUAGAGAACAACUUUUGGCACACAAAAGGAAACAGAAAGAAAAAAUGAAAAUGAAAGGAAUGUAA